CGCACCGCCAGCGCAGCAGGCAGGCAGGGAGAACGUGCGGAGGACUCCGUGCUGAGGACUCCCAGCAGCUCCCUGGAGAGCCAGAGCCGGACCGGCUGGACCCCCGGAGGAGGACCCGACAGAGAGCUCGUUGCCACGGAAGAGGCCUCGGUUUAGGUCCUGACCAUGUUCUGCUCCGUGAAGGCGUUCGAGGGGCAGCAGUACUCCACCUUGAAGAGGCAGUGUCUGCAGAGCGGCCUGCUUUUCGAGGACCCCCGCUUCCCCGCCAAAGAUGACUCCCUCUUCCUCCAUGGCAACCGCAUUGGACGGGUGGUCUGGAAGCGCCCGCGGGAGCUGUGUGAAGAUCCUCACCUGUUUGUGGAUGGCAUCAGCGCUCACGACCUGCACCAGGGCCAGCUGGGCAACUGCUGGUUUGUAGCAGCCUGCUCCAGCCUGGCCUCCAGAGAGUCCCUGUGGCAAAAGGUCAUCCCAGAUUGGAAGGAGCAGGAGUGGGACUCGGAGAAGCCCGACUCGUACGCUGGGAUCUUCCACUUCCGCUUCUGGCGCUUCGGAGAGUGGGUGGAUGUGGUGAUCGAUGACCGACUUCCCACUGUGGACAACCAGCUGGUGUACUGCCACUCCAACGACAACAACGAGUUCUGGAGCGCCCUGGUGGAAAAAGCCUAUGCAAAAGUGUAUGGCUGCUAUGAAGCCCUGGACGGGGGGAACACAGCGGACGCUCUGGUGGACUUCACUGGGGGGGUGUCGGAGCCUGUGGACCUGUUGGAGGGACAGAUGGCCACAGACGAAGCCGCGAGGAACCAGCUGUUUGAGAGAGUGCUCAAGGUCCACAACCGCGACGGCCUCAUCAGCUGCUCCAUCAGGGCCACCACCAUUGAGGACAUGGAGGCGCGGCUGGACUGUGGUUUGGUCAAAGGUCAUGCGUAUGCAGUGACUGAUGUGAGAAAGGUUCGCCUAGGCCAUGGGCUGCUGGCCUUCUUCAAGUCUGAGAAGCUGCACAUGAUCCGCAUGAGAAAUCCAUGGGGAGAGAAGGAAUGGAGUGGGCCCUGGAGCGACAGCUCAGAAGAAUGGAACAAGGUGAGCAAGAGCGAGAGAGAGAAGCUGGGUGUCACCGUGCAGGACGACGGAGAAUUCUGGAUGACCUUCGAUGACUUCUGCCAGUACUUCACAGACCUGAUCCUGUGCCGCCUCAUAAACACGUCCUACCUGAGCAUCCAUAAGACCUGGGAGGAGGAGGUGAUGAGGGGGUCCUGGACUCACCGCCAGGACCCCCUCCGCAACCGGGCCGGGGGCUGCAUCAACCACAAAACCACCUUCCUGCAGAACCCGCAGUAUGUGUUUGAUGUGAAGAAGGUGGAGGACGAGGUGCUCAUCUGUUUACAGCAGAAGGAGAAGAGAGCCACUCCCAAAGAGGGCAAGUCUGAGAACCUGGCCAUCGGCUUCGACAUCCACCGGGUGGAGCUGAACCGGAAGUACCGUAUGCACACUGCGCAGCAGAAGGUAGCGGGCUCCAUCUACAUCAACUCUCGCUGCGUGUUCCUCAGGAAGGAGCUGAAAGAGGGACGCUACGUCAUCAUCCCCACGACCUUUGACCCCGGGCAGCAGGGCGACUUCCUGCUACGCGUCUUCACUGAUGUGCCUUCAGACUGCAAAGAGCUGUCCCUGGACGACCCCCCGCAGACAUGCUGGACAGGCAUGUGUGGGUACCCUCAGCUGGUCACUCAGGUCCAUGUGCUGAGCGCAGAGGGGCUGCAGGGACCUGACUCCAACGGAGCUGUGGACCCAUAUGUGAUCAUCUCGUGUGAGGGGGAGCGUGUGCGGUCUCCGGUCCAGAAGGACACACGCUGCCCAAACUUUGACGUCAAAGGCAUCUUCUAUCGCAAAAAACCCAAGGAGGCCAUCCACAUCGAGAUCUACAACCGGAACAUAAUCAUGGACACGUUCCUGGGCCAGGUGGUGGUGCUGAGUGACCCCAACGAACGACAGGAGCAGCACAGCCUUCACCUGCGUGACAGGGGCAACCGACAGGAGAGUGACCUGCCGGGCACACUCAUGGUGCGCCUCUGCACCUCCACCACGCUCACCAACAUCUGACGCCAUCGCAACCACUGCCCCCAAAGUAGAUCACUCAUUCUCCCUCGCGUCUCUCAUGUGGUCACUCACAUGACACUGCAAAAAUCAUGUGAUUUACAUGAGUUACAAUGACUUGACUUUUGGAUUUUAAAACUAUAUGUGACACUUUGAUUUUAAAUUUCAAAACUAUUUUUGCCACCAGAUAUUAAGUAGACAUGUUCAAAUCAAAUAUAGCUUUUACUGAUAACAAAUGAAAUGCUGAUUAUUACAUGAUGACUAUUGUCUGUGUAAUCCCUCAGUCAUCCAGGUCUGAUCCAUAUGAAGGAGGAGUUUCACUCACACUAAUUUCAUCUUUUGCUAUGAUGGUCAUUAUCCAAUCAGAAAGCAGAAUGAGCCUCAGAGGAGUCUCUCAUAAUAUGUUGAGAGUGCAGGCUACACACAGUUUCUUCAGUUUCGUACUUUUGAUUAGGUUAGAUUCAUUUACUCAUUGGCAAAGGUUGGUUUCAAAAUAUUUCUCAGUUGUUUU